CGAGCGUCUACCGCUCUUACACAUUCACUGACUGAUUUUGAUACAACACGUAUCGUACACCAUGCCGCCAAAGCCAAGUGGAAAAGCCGUGAAGAAGGCCGGGAAGGCUCAGAAGAGGCCUACCGAUGGCAAGAAGAGGAGGAAGAAGAGAAAGGAGAGCUACAGCAUCUACAUCUACAAGGUGCUGAAGCAGGUUCACCCAGACACCGGCAUCUCUAGCAAGGCGAUGGGCAUCAUGAACAGCUUCGUCAACGACAUCUUCGAGCGUAUCGCCGGCGAGUCUUCUCGUCUGGCGCACUACAACAAGCGCUCAACUAUCUCGAGCAGGGAGAUCCAGACUGCUGUCCGUCUCAUCCUUCCGGGAGAGCUGGCCAAGCACGCAGUAUCUGAGGGCACCAAGGCUGUCACAAAGUAACUACUCCAAGUAGAGUCAACCGCCGUACCAGUUAACCAACCGGCCCUUUUCAGGGCCACCAUUUCUUCCCAGAAUUGAUUACUACAUUUGCAAACCUGCUCCCAUUAUAAAUGGUAUUACGAUAAUAAACCCGAUGACCGCCAACCAAUCCAAUGGCUGCGUCUAUACCUGCAUUCUGUUAUUGUAUUUAUAUCAUUGUAUUGGUAUUAUCAUACAAGUACAAAGUUAUUAUCAUUUAAGUACGCAUCGUCUGCUACUUCUGAGAUUGCCUUAAUCCAUUAAACUUGUGGUUUAGAUUCAAAGGGUUCCCGUCACUCACACUGAACAUGAAUUUUGUAUUUCGUAUAUCUCUCACUGCGCUUAUUCUUAUACCUCUCUCUGUCGGAUAUAUCACUACGAUUUUUAGAUAUUUUGUUUCAUGAUGGAGAGAGAACGUAAUUCUAUAUCCAUAACACUCCGUAAUAUCAUUGCUGACAUUUCUCUUAUAUUUAGUAUUACAUAUUGGCAAUGUCUCGCCAAAAACAGUUCUAUUAAAUGAUAUUUUGCAUUCUA